UGCAUCUAAAUAUGGAACCUAUAUAAUAACAUUGUGCGACAAUAAAGAUAUUUUUUGUCGAAUACUACUUUUCUAAACUUAAUGACAUAGCUAACAAAGUGUACGGUAUGUUCCCGUUAACUCCGCCGGUCGUGAAGCGAUUGUUGGGCUGGAAAAAAGGACCCGAGGGAUCGUCGGCCGCAGAAGAUAAAUGGUCCGAGAAGGCCGUAAAGAGUUUGGUAAAAAAAUUAAAGAAAAGCGGGGCUUUAGAAGAGUUAGAAAGGGCAAUCUCGAGUCAGAACAGUCAUACGAAAUGCGUUACGAUACCCAGGGUGAAGCCGAAUGAGAGUGGUAUCAACGGACAGUACAGGAAAGGCCUACCGCAUGUGGUUUACUGCAGACUCUGGCGUUGGCCUCAGUUACAGAGCCAACAUGAACUGAAGCCAGUGGACCAUUGCGAGUAUGCAUACCAGCUGAAGAAGGACGAGGUGUGCAUUAAUCCCUAUCAUUACAACAAAAUCGAUUCGCCUGCUCUUCCCCCGAUCCUGGUGCGUCGCUGUAGCGAGGGCGAGGUCCGCGCCCCUCCGCCCUACGCCGACUACCACCAGCCAAUACUGCACGAGCACCCUGACGUUGCCAUGCAGUCUGGUACAGGACACAGCGCACUGUAUCUCGAGGCUACACUUGCACAACACGUGCCGGGCAACACAACUGUACACGUGAGCUCCUCAACAGUGGAGACUCCGCCCCCAGGCUACAUUAGCGAAGAUGGAGACCCGAUGGACCACAAUGACAACAUGAACCUCACACGUCUAAGUCCGUCACCAGGCGGCCUGGCGUCCGAGGCCUCGCCGGUGCUGUACCACGAGCCGGCGUUCUGGUGCAGCAUCAGCUACUACGAGCUGAACACCAGGGUCGGAGAGACGUUCCACGCCUCGCAACCUUCCAUCACGGUCGACGGAUUCACCGACCCGAGCAAUAGUGAGAGAUUUUGUCUCGGCCUGCUUUCGAACGUGAACAGGAACGAAGUGGUCGAGCAAACGCGCAGACACAUCGGGAAAGGAGUCCGGCUGUAUUAUAUAGGGGGUGAGGUCUUCGCGGAGUGCCUGAGCGACUCCUCGAUAUUCGUGCAGAGUCCGAACUGCAACCAGCGCUAUGGCUGGCAUCCGGCCACCGUUUGUAAAAUACCACCAGGUUGCAACUUGAAGAUAUUCAAUAAUCAAGAAUUCGCGGCCCUCCUGUCGCAGUCUGUCUCGCAGGGGUUCGAAGCCGUCUUCCAGCUGACCAGGAUGUGCACAAUACGAAUGAGCUUCGUCAAGGGAUGGGGGGCUGAAUACAGGCGGCAAACUGUAACUUCAACUCCGUGUUGGAUCGAGCUGCAUCUCAACGGUCCACUUCAGUGGCUGGACAGAGUCCUCACACAGAUGGGCUCUCCGCGCCUGCCAUGCUCCUCUAUGUCCUAGAUUUUAUGCGCGAUAACAUACUCAAUAAUGGAGGCGAAUGAGGUGAGUUUAGCUCAACCAGAACAUAAUUCUACAGUGGAGUAUUAAGUUAUAUAUUCUACAAAUAUAUAUAAUUAUAAAUAUAGAGUUUCUACUAUAGCAUGUCCAUGGAAACAUGUAAUCGAAAUUCGACCGUAUUCACUGAAACUACAAGGUUUAAUUUUUUCGAUUCCAUUCUCUCUUUUGUUUGCCUCAUUAACUCAAUUUCGACGAACCGGAUUUUUUUUAAUUAUUGACAACCCUAAAGUUGGUCAAUAGUUACUAAACUAACUGAGAAAUAAAAGAGAAAAAAUGGUACUUAGUUUUAUGUAGUACACCCAUAAGAAGCAUGAAUAUUCGAUUUGAUUGACGCAAGAAUGAUAGCUUCAUUCACAUUGAGAUAAAAAAAAACUGUAAUAAGAGUCGUCUAUUAUCAAAGGUGGCAAUCUGUGCAUUUGGACAAAAAAAAUUUAUUGAUA